AUGGAAGCUAAGUUCAUUGAGGUACAAUUAAAUCACCCAAAUCUACAAGAAUUUCAUUCUACCAUCCAAUUAGACAUGCAAAAGGCAAGCUUCUAUUCAGUGGUGUAUUUAGGGAUUUUGUUGCAAUUGGCAAGAAUGAAAGAAACACCAAUGGCUCGCAAAACUCUUAAUUUGCUAUAUAAUGCAUUGGGUGAAAUUCAAGGAGUUACCAAUGAUAACAAUGUUUUAACAGACUUCGCGAAAUAUACAGAAAACUACUCAGCACUGGACAUCAAGAAUUAUGCCCUCAGAGAAUUUUGUGAAAGAUACUUUGAUAAUGGUCUAAGAGAUUUUGUAUCAAAGAAUCUCAAUAGCAAAUCUAAAGCUCGAUUUUCUAAAGAUAUUUUAUCGGGGAAAGAAGUACAAAAGAAUGAAAAUCAUAUCUUCAUGGUGUUCGCAAAAGCAUUUGACUUAACUCUCUGUAUAUACUCUUAUGACUCCCCAAAUCCACAGGUAAUUAGAACCUCAAAAUCAGAUCCACAGCUGAAUGUUAAUAUUUUAUAUAACCAAAGUAGUCAAAAUUCUUGAUCACUUCUAGUGCAUUUCAAAGAAAAUCUGUUUGAUAUAGGGCAAUCUGUAGAUUUGAAUGAAUUACCUUUUACAUAUGUGCCACCAAAGCAGCCUAUAAAUGAUCACUCAAACUUAAUAAUAGCUUUGACCAAUAUUAUCAAUUCUCAUGUCAGCUGAAUUUCUGAAGACAGUAAAGUACAACUUGAUGAGGAAAUUUCGAGGUUAAAUUCUCAAAACCCUCAGUCAAGAAUCCCUUACCUUGAACCACUAAUUGAAUGAAGCAAUAAAGUUGAGAAAUGUCCUCACGAUCAAAAAACUCUCCUUUAUUUCCAUUCAUGCCUCAAAUUUCAUUGUAGGCUGUGCAUGCAAGCAAAAAUUGACAACGAAAAAAUCCCCAAAAAUAAUUUUUUAUGCUCUUGUGGAAUAGCAGUUCCAACGAAAUUUCGUGACAAAAUAUUCAAAUUUUCUGAGGAUCAAGCAGAACCAAAAACACAAAAUAAUUCUCGCAUUUAUUUUUUCGCAAAUCAACGUGAAAAUCCAACCAAAAACCAAAGUUUUAGUGAAGACUCUGCAGGAAACAAAAAGAAAGGGCGGAAACGACCAGCAAGUGUUAUGAGAAAUAUGCCAGUUGCGCAGGAAAGCAUCCAAGUGCCUUCUUUGCAGGCUAUGUGUGAUAUUUGUAAGAACGUCUUUCCAAAACAACUAACCAAUACAUUUGAAUGCUCCCAUGCUGCGUGUCAAAUAUGCUGGGCAAAUUGUAAUCAAAUAUGCUACAAAUGCAACACUUGCGAAAUAUGCAAGUCUAGUCUGAGUCGGAAGCCUGCGUAUAUUUACAGAUUAAAAUACUAUCACUCUGAAUGUACAAUGUGCCAAAUCUGCUCGCAGUCUAUUUUCAAGCAAGGAACGGCAAGUGUUUAUAACAGCAGAGGCAUUCAUUUAGAGUGUCAACGAGGAAAUAGGAUUUCUUAA